UUUGAUGACAGGGGAAGGACCUGCAUACAGCGCAGCUCCGGACUAAGGGACAGAUCCUAGUAAGGAAAAACAGCUUUGUCUUUGUUUAUCUCGCCACAAGCACUCACAAUGCCUUCCGAGAAAACCUUCAAGCAGAGGAGGACACUAGAGCAAAGAGUGGAAGAUGUUAGACUUAUCAGAGAACAGCACCCAACAAAAAUUCCGGUCAUUAUUGAGCGGUACAAGGGAGAGAAACAACUACCAGUGCUGGACAAAACAAAGUUCCUUGUUCCAGAUCACGUCAAUAUGAGCGAACUCAUCAAAAUUAUUAGGAGACGCCUUCAGUUGAAUUCAAAUCAAGCAUUCUUUCUACUAGUAAACGGACAUAGCAUGGUCAGCGUAUCCACACCAAUUUCGGAGGUGUAUGAGAGAGAAAAGGAUGAAGAUGGCUUUCUGUACAUGGUAUAUGCUUCACAGGAGACAUUUGGAAAAGAAUCUAUGUAAAAACACAAUUUUUUGUUGUUGUUUUUUUUUUUCCCCAGUCUUUUUUUGCCCCCGAAUAGCAUUGGGGGUUAACAUAAAUGCUACAUAAGCAUAUCGUCCAACAAAAUAUAUAUAUAUAUAUAUAUAUGCUACCCGUAAAGUUACAUAAUUUUUAAUUAGGCUCCUAAAUUUUUGUUGCCUUCCUUUUUAAUUGCUCAAAAAUAAAUAUAUUAGCUAAACUUAAAAGGUUGUUUGUCGUAUAAAGUGAUGAGUAUAUCUUUUGUUCCUUAGAAAUAAACACCAAUUUACUUAGAAUAGAUAAACUACUGAAGUUAUAUGCUUUUAACAUUUUUCCUCCACCAUAGUGUUUGUAGCAUCCUAAGAAGGCAGAUGGGAGUUGUUAGCACAUUUUUCAGUGAUUACUUAGAUGUUUCUUUAAAUAGGAAAUACAGAUCUAUACAUUAUACAUAUAUAAUAGACAAAGUUACUAUUAACUCUUAUGUAGCAUAAUGAUGAUCAUGAAUAACAUUUCCGGAACUGUGCACAGAACACAUUUGUUGGAGACAUUUGUGAAUCGCAAGGUUCUUCUGCUAUCAAGUGUUUAACAGUGGAGUUUGUCACGUUGGGAGAUUUUGUGGUUUAUGUAAAAUAUAAAUCUUCAACGUAGCAACAAAGAUCCUUAGUUCAGUUUUUAUUUAGAUUCUGAAUUUUUAAUUUAUAUGUAUUUCUCUUUGUAAAAUCAGUAUAUCCAUAUAUUUUAUUUUUCUAAACUAUCACAUGAAUCUUCAAAAUAAGCCAUUCUAGGAAAACAAAAAACUGUGAUUGUUUAUGGAAAAUAAAGUUCAAGAGCAGUUAGGUGCGUUUGUGCAUUCUAUUACACCUUUCUUCAUCAUUAAUGGACUUGAGGAAGAUUUUAUCCUUGAAUAUUUAAAUACGCAAAAAUAUGUUUCAGUUGAAAGUGUGAAUUCAUCAUAUUGUUUGUGAUAUAAAGAAAAGCAAUAUAUCAAUGCAUUUUACAUUGUAUUUACUUAUAGACAUUGCAUGCAGUUUGUUGUUUUAAUUUGGCAUUCUUUAACACUAAACUAAUUAGGCUGUUCAAGAUCUAUAUAUUUUUUCCCUAUUUUUCUUCUAUUUCACUAUCAUUAUUGCUUUGUUUGUCUAUUUAUGUUAUUCCUGUAAAAAUAAAGUUUUUUUUAACAUA